AAAUGUUGAUGGUAAGGGUCAGGGCUUGUGGGAAUGAGCAUAGUGAAGAGGGUUAAGGCUGUGGCCAUGCUGCCAUCUUUGUGGUGCUGUGAGGAUCCUUGGCUCAGGUCCUCUGCUCGAGCUCUCCUGAGAUUUCUAGGCUUUGUCUUCUGGGGCACUGCUGCAGCUCAGGCGUUUGGUGGAGUUUUGGUGAUCCUGAUGUUUAAGAACUAUGGAUACUUAUUUCAGGAGUCUUACUUGUCUCUCCCUGGUUGGCUGGCUAUUGCAGCUGCACUUAUCUUGCUACCUACUGGAGUUUUGGCUGUCUCUAUUUCUAUCAGGAGCUCCCGUAAUCGGCAAGGGACUUUCAUGUACCUGCUGUUGCUCCUUGUUUGCCUAGAAACGUCUUCAGCAGUUCUGGCACAUGUCUACUCCAUUAGGAUGGCUUCUCAGCUGGAAAGUGCUAUGGGUCACCUUGUCUAUCAGCACAAUGGGUCAUGCUCCCAGGAUCCUGGAAGUAGGGCUGUUGAUGUGAUGCAGAGGAAGCUGCAGUGUUGCGGGGUCCACAACUACACAGACUGGCUGAAGGCAAGAGCUGCUUCUUGGCAUCUCACACCUUGUGUCCCUGAAAGCUGCUGUAAGGAGAAGUAUUCUCACUGCAAGGGACACUUAAGCCAUCUGGAGCAGCUUUCUCAGGAAGGCUGUCUGAAGAAGCUAGAAGACCAGCUGUGGUUUGUCAUGCUAUAUGUGUUUUGGUGUUGUACUGUGUUAAGCAUCUUGAAGCUGUUGGCUGCUGUUAGCAAUGGCAUCCUCAUGAGGCAUCAGCCAUUCCGUGACCUCCGACUUCUGGACUCAGAUACCUUCUCAUAGGACUGAAGGCACUGGCUGUUUUGCUGUACCUGCUG